GUUGUGAUGCUUCCGCACCGAUCCGCUUUGGUCGCAUCGGCCAGCGACGUCGUGACGAGUUUGGUGGUCCAGGUUUCUAGAUCUUGGACAAUAAGGAAAACAUCACGAAUUUUUAAAUUGAAAACUGCGUGAAUUGAAAAAUUCAAAAUGUCAUCUCUUCAUCUUGUUGGUAUUUUUCUGGACAAUGGUCAAGUUUGCACCUACUACAAUUUUGAUGCAAAAGGAAAACAUUAUGAAAGUGGAGACUUGGUGGAUCUCCCUCGAGGAGAUAAACCAGAUUGCGCAGUGGUGAUAUUGGGAAUUCAUGAGGACAUGCGUCAAUCAACCAGAGCAGCUGCUGACUAUUUCAAUCGCAUUUGCAAAUGGGAUGGCGUUACUGAUAGAAGUGCUGUGAAGAUUUUUGGGCACGAUCUUAUUAAGAUAGAGGAAGAGGUAUCUCAGAUCGCUCUGUUUUAUACUCAGGGAGUUGACGGACCAUUGCUUUUAAGUUCCAAUUGUUUUGAUUUAAUUUGCUCUGACAAUGACACAUCUGAACAAGACUCUCAAGAGCAAGACUAGUGUUUCAAUUUAACAGCAUGCCUUUAAGUGGA